GUUAGUGUUGCAUUAAUUCUAAAUAAUAUGAAUUAAUUAACAGUGAAAAUAUGUGUCUAUAUCAAAAGACAGACUUCGUAAUGUCUAAGUCUAUAUAUUAUGAAUUAAACCUUCAGACCAGAUGGUUUAUAACUCCUUAGCUACUCAAAAUAUACAUAUUUAUCUAAGAGCCUCUUCAAAAAUUCCCUAACUCACAAUAUAAUGUUAGUUAGCAAAAGUUGUCUCUGGGAAAAAUACAAAAUUAUAAUCAGGGCGGCAGGGAGAAGUCGAGCCUCAUGAAAACCGAGCAGCAAAUCGACCGAGCGAGAAGAGGUAAAGGAGAGGAUGAGGCAGUAGCCUCCAAGUAAGUGGUUUAAAGGAAACAACUUAGGGUCAAUAUGCGGGAGAUAGUCACCCUGCAGAUCGGCGGAGCCGGCAAUGCCAUUGGUGAUUCGUUUUGGCACGUCAUCUCGCAUGAACAUGGUGUGGAUUAUGCAUCGGGAAGAUUUGGUGGCACCAGUCCGCUUCAAUUGGAGCGAAUUAAUGUGUUCUUUAAUGCCACGGCUAGCAAAAGGUUCUAUGCCCGUACCAUACUCAUCGAUACGGAGGCCAGUACCAUUCAACGUUUGAACGCCAGCAGUCAGUUGUAUAGACCGGAGAACUUUGUAGCUGGAUCGGAGAGUGCUGGGAACAAUUUUGCCCGUGGCUAUCAUACAGAUGGUGCCGCCAUUUUGGAGCAGGUGUUGGACAACACUCGUCGGGAGGUGGAAUCGGUUGAUUCACUGCAGGGUUUUCAGCUGCUCCAUUCGAUUGGUGGAGGCACAGGCUCUGGCCUGACCUCGCUGAUAAUGGAGGCAUUGGUGGAACAGUAUCCGGACAACUUGCUCUGCAACUAUGUGACAAUUCCUUCGCCUAAUAUGUCGCAGGUGGUGGUGGAACCUUACAAUGCUCUACUGAGUACUCCAGCUUUGGUAAAUAAUUCCCAUUUGACAUUCUGCUUGGACAACGAGGCACUAUUCCAGAUCUGCAAUCGAAAUCUGAAGAUCAAAAUGUCCGGCUAUGAGCAUAUCAAUCAUAUUGUGGCCCUGACCAUGUCGGGUAUAACCACAUGCCUCAGGUUUCCAGGCCAAUUGAAUGCCGGGUUGCGCAAGAUCUAUGUGAAUAUGGUGCCAUUUCCAAGGCUGCACUUCCUUAUACCAGGAUUCGCACCGUUGGUUACCUGCAAGCAGCAACAGUUUAGCAAGGGCACCGUUUCAGAGCUAGUGCAGCAGAUCUUUUCCAGCAAUAAUUUGUUGUGUGCCAUCGAUCUGCGAAAGGGAAAACUUCUGACAGCAGCGGGUAUUUUCCGGGGUAGGAUGUCACCGAGAGAAGUGGAUCAACUGAUGACCGGCGUUAGGAAUAAGAACAUUAACAAUUUUGUUGACUGGAUACCCAAUAACAUUAAGACUGCUAUUUGCGAUAUACCACCGAGGGGUCUUAAGAUGUCGGCAACCUUUAUAGGUAACACCACGGCAAUUCAGUCGCUAUUCCAGCGUUUACUGGAUGGCUCCAUGGCCAUGUUGCGGCGUAAGGCCCAUUUGCAUUGGUAUACUGGAGAGGGCAUGGAAGAGCAGGAGUUCCAGGAUGCCCAACAGGAGUUACAGGCCAUCAUUGAUGAUUAUCGUAGCAGUGCUGAGGGCGAGGAUUCCGGUGGCGGUGGUGGCGGUGGCCGAGCCGGAAGCGCUGAUGGUGAAAGCGGUGAUGAGGAGGCCACCGCAGGUCCCCAAUGCCCAUAUUGCGCCGAAUAGCCCAAUUUAUAUCCAUUCCACGUCAUCCCAAACUUACCUCAAAGCUCAGUAGGCCUCCAAAUAAGAUAAAGGCAGAUUUAGGGGCUUGCCAAAUUCAAAAGUGUUCUCCAUUGUCGUCGCUCGUCUUGGAUUCGGAUUUAUUCAUCAGGAAACCUCUAUUCCAAAGGAUAAAUCGCAAGUUGUUCAGGAUAUAUUUAGAGUAAAAUAUAUAUUUUUUAAAGAGAAA